GCACGGCUUCCCUCCUGGAUUGCAAGAGCACAAAAGAUCUUACUUCACUCCUACAACACUUCUGCUUUCUUCCAGAACAGAAAUGUGCACCACCAGCAGUGAUUCUCUCCAUCAGUAACUGAUAUACCCAGACCUUCCACAGCCAGACAGAACAGAUAUAACGCUUUUAGGCUGGCUCCAGAAGACUCAGACUGUGUUUGACUGCCACCCUUUUGGAUAAAUAUUUUGGGAUUCAAGAUGAAUAAGACAAGGGCUGUUAAUGAUGUUUUUCAUUUCCUGAUCAACAAGAACUGGAGCUCAAGCCGAAGCUUUCCUAUGAACAUUUCUAAUCAGUGCAUGAACAUCACCGACCUUACUGUCUUUCUGGCCACCUCUUACAGCUUGGAGACUGUUCUGGGCAUUGUGGGAAACAUCUGUCUGAUUGCUGUCAUUGCCAGGCAGAAGGAAAAGGCAAAUGUCACCAAUAUCCUAAUUUCCAACUUAAUAAUUUCAGACUUGUUUAUGUGUCUUGUCUGCCUGCCUUUCACCGUUGUUUACACCAUGAUGGACUACUGGAUAUUUGGAGAAGUCAUGUGCAAAAUGACCUCUUUCACUCAGUGCACAACUGUGACAGUGUCAAUCCUUUCCCUUGUCCUUAUUGCUUUGGAAAGACAUCAGCUCAUCAUAAACCCGACUGGCUGGAGGCCAAAUACCUCCCAAGCCUAUCUAGGAAUUGGAGUGAUUUGGACUUUAGCGUGUCUCAUGUCCCUACCCUUUUUGACCACAUCCAUCUUGUCUAAUGAGUUGUAUGAGCAGCUCUCACACUUCAUGAACUUUUCCACUGAUAAGGCAAUAUGUAUCAACUCGUGGCCUUCUGAGCAGCACAAACUUAUCUACACUACCACUUUACUGCUCUUGCAAUAUUGCAUCCCUCUGUUCUUCAUUAUCCUUUGCUACCUGCGUAUCUACUUACGCCUGCAGAAGAGAAAGGACAUGUUUGAGAAGAGCGAGUACAGUAACCGAGCAGUCCAGCUGAGAAGGAUAAACAUUUUGCUAGCAUCCAUGGUUGCUGCUUUUGCUGUUUGCUGGCUACCACUGCAUGUUUUCAACACCAUUGUGGACUGGAAUUACAAAAUCAUUUCGCCUUGCUACCACAACCUGAUCUUCUCAUUGUGCCACCUGGUAGCUAUGGCUUCUACCUGUGUCAACCCUGUUAUCUAUGGUUUCCUAAACAGCAACUUCAAAAAAGAAGUGAAGUCACUGAUUCUGAGCUGCCAGCAUAAUUCAGUAACUGCUUCAAUGGAAGAAUAUGAUCAUUUGCCUUUAUCCACCAUGCAGACUGAAAUUUCCAAGGGGUCACUGAUGUUGAACUGCAGGCACAAUUCUAUCUAAUGACCAGAAAACAUUUCAGAAGGUGCACUGACACCACACACCAAUUAUUACCUGUGGGUAUAUAAAGCAACUGGUGAUGCCACAGCUGGGAUGUGAACAGGAAGCCGUCACUACCUGAGUUUUGGAAGAACAAGCCCAGUAGUGUUGUAAAUGCUCACAGUUGCUGCUGUGGUGCACAAGUCUUUGUGUCACCGAGGUGGUACAGACACUGAGGAGACUGGGCUGAUGUAUAAGCAGCUGCUCUAAGAUCAGUGACUAAGCUGUGGCUGCACAGAGGCUGACACAGGUUCAUCAGUGAAACUCAUAUCUCUACCAUGGCUGCAGUAGAAAACCAGAUUUCCAGUUUCAUCACUGCAGGCUGCCAAAAGUUGUGUUGGAGAAGACUCUCUGUUUUUCAGUAUUAGUAAGAUUUUUAUGCACAGCUGACACACCAGUGGAACAGAGAUAUGUAAAUAUCAAUUUUAUCUACCACCUCUUGCAGCCCAUUAAGUUACAGUAAACUUUCAGAUCUUCACAUAAAACAACUGCCUGUUUCCAUGAAACUUCACUCUCUGCCAUAGGCUUGAGAAUAGUCAUUGCCUCUGCAAGUAGGGACAAGGAACAAUGACGCUGUAUGUAAAGAAGACAGUCACUUAUGAAGGAUGGCAGCAAAUGAAAAUGUUAUUUGAUGGAUUAAACUCAAAAUGCAUUGAGAUGUUACUGAGAACUAUUUUAAAGCAUGUGAGUAACAGCUGUAGAUCUACAUGGAAAUGAGUCAGUUCCCGCUGCUGUCAAUCACCAAGCUCUGCGAUGCUAAAAUCUUCAUGCCAUGAUGGUACGAGAUGGCCAAAUUACAGGAAUUGUUCCAGGACUUGGUAGCAACAUGACAUUCUGCUUCAGCAUCUUCUUGUUACUUUAAUUGCAACAUAUCUAAUUCAGAAGGUCAGAAUGAGCGUGAAAACCUGUUUGUGGAAAUCAUGUGUUUCCAGAGUGGCUACACUUCCAAAGAAAUAAGCAUAUGCAUGGAGAAUUUGAGUUUUCUUAAAAAAUAAAACCCGAUGUAAGAUAUCAGUCUCACUCACUGGCAUCAGCAACACAGGUGAAUCUGAAAUUCCAACAAAUCAAUAGAAGGUCAAUGAAAAUACACAGGUGGAAUCCAGGUCAGGCUGAAGCCAAGCUAAAUAGGUAGUAUUGUCAAUUGCUCCAGUAAAAUGAAGGUCAUGUUUUUUCACAGCGUGUUAUUUGUAGCCUUUGUUUAUGAAACCUACAAACUAUAAACUCUUUUUAACCUCUGGAGCCAGAGAAAUUGCUCAGUGACUACUGAGAAACCAAGGCAUGCCCGAGAAGGCCAUACUGAGCUACAGAUUAAAAAAAAAAACAAACAAACAAACAAUACAGGUAGCAAGUGCAAAAAGGAGAUCAACCAGCUCAAUGCUAAUGAAAUACUUAAGCAUAUUCUGUCCUGAUUUCCUAAACUAACCUUAGCAGAAUACUGGACUAGAUGGUCAGCUGAGGUAAUUUCAACAUGAAUUGUGCUCUGAUAAGCAGUGGUUACUUGCUGCAGGUUUGCAUGGAGCUGAAGAUAUCCAGUGUAUAAUUAUGCAAACAACUAGAAAUUGUUGGCAGAUCUCUGAUUAGACAAAUUGGUAUAAAGACAGGUGAGGAAAAGACUUCCUCCCAUGCUGUGAACUGAGUAUCUGAGGACAAGAGCUAACCCCUAUGUUAUAAGGCAGCAAGAGCUAUCAUAAACCCAGCUGGCAGAAAUAAAAGUUAACCCCUUGCCAUGAGCUGGGUGCACAGAUAUCGGUGGUAAAACUUGAAGUUUGCCUUGAAUUCUUGUGUAUUACCCUGUAAUUCUGGCCAGAACCUCUGUAUCUUAGUAAGAUACUUUGUGUGUGAUUACCUUUUUUAUCUUCCUCAACUAUGUGGCAAGAUAUUUUUGCUCUUUUCAAAUGGAUUCCAGCUUUCUUUUAUUUUCUUUGUUACUUGCUAUGCUAUGCUGAGAAGUUGUUUGUCUUGAUUAGUUUGCAUGCAAUGUGAUUUCUAGACUGGACACUGAGUCUACUAGAAACACAGAAUAAGAGGACUCUUAUAUUAGAUGCAUCUUGAAAUUUGCUACUGUAGCCGAAACCACCAUGGGAUGCUGAGUAGCACAAAAUACAGCUGCUCCUCCUAAUCAGUGUGAGUUACAUCAAAACUGUGCUUUAUUACUUCAAGGCUUAAAUACUAUUUCAACUUUUCAUUGUUUUGCAUUUAGAAUCAAUCUAAGUAAUUGAGCAAUUCUGCCUGGUUUUUGCACUUGUUAGAAUUCCAGCACUUAGCUAAGGUAUCUGUAAAGCUAUUUUAAGAAUAGUCUGCUAAACACAAACACAGAAGAUCACCUGAUACAUGGUCUUAAGUAUAUAACUUUUCAAGCUCCAGUGUCUUAAAUGGAAACACAAUUACUUUUAGCAUUUGCACUUCCAUAAACCUGUCUUUGUCACUGGUUCUGUGCACUGGCAUUGUGCAUCAGAUCCGAGUUCUUCCUGUAAAGGGUAGAAAUAUGAGCGGGAUCUGACACUGUUUAACUGUAAUUCACGUGGCCAUUGGUUUCCAUGAACACAAGUAGAUACAUAAAGCAAGCAGAUCCAACUUUACACUAACACAAACGGAUGUUAUCUUCCUCUCGUGAUUAAGCAAAGUGUCAAGUUUGGAGUCAACUACUGUUUAUUGCUAACUGACUUUGGACUGGAUAAACUACAGGAUUUAAACACUAAAAGCCACCAAACUGCACCCAUAUAUCUAACUGCAAAAAUGCAGAUCCUCAGAACUCCCAACCAGCUGCAGUCUAUCCAUCUACUUAACAUCUUGAGAUACAUGUUUUUCAACCUCUAGAAUUUCCUAAGUAACUAAAUAAACUUUAAAGAAAACAUAUUAAAAUAAAUAGAUCUAGGUACCAAAGGACUGAAUAUGUAACAGGAAAGGUGCCUGUACCAAGCCUCUGUGCAUACACCAAGGCUUAUGCUGCUGUGCACAGAUGCAGUAGAGGAUACUACCCUGUUAGUUUUUUAAGAACUUCUGUAGCAACUGUUCCCUGUUCCCUCUGAAGGCAAAGUCACAAGGCUGAGUGCAAUUAUGCCUGCAUAGUUGAUACAGCCAUUUUAUUUGUCACUUUGAGGCUUUAUGCAGCCGAAGGAGGCUAGGUUUCUUUGGUCCCAGCAGAAGGUAACAGAACAGAAAUAGCUUACAUACCUUUUAUCCAUUUGUAAAUAACAGAUACUGUUAAUGCGUAAGAAGCAUUGAGCAUUUUUGUGUCCAUUGUAUACAGUGAUUGUUUUGGGUAUACUCUCUAAAGUUCUGCUACUGAGUCACAAAAGCAAUGAUGGAGAAAUAGGCAGGAGUUGUGCAAAUCAUGAGUUCCUACAAUUUUGAGACCUUACACUGCCUUUUUUAAAAAAAGCUUUUCAUAAUCUUGCCUCUUGUGGCACAUUAUAGGAAGUCAGUAAGGUUUUCAGAGCAAGAGAACAACUUAUUGUGUGAUAGAAAUAGCACACUACAGGAAAUCUUAUAAUAACAAAUAAAGUAAUAUUGUCUGUGUCACUUGUCUGUCCCUGCUUCUGUAAAAUGAUGUAAGACUCUCCAUAGUAUAAAAUACAUAAGAUUUAGUCCUCAA